AGCGACUCGUCCUCUCACCGAGUCUCCAACAUGCGGAGCUGCAAACCCUCAGCGCUGCUCUCACUGCUCGGUGUGAUGCUGCUCUGGCCCUGUGGUCUCACCUGGAGCGUCUCGCCCAGAGGGCCGGCAGACGGCAGCUCUCUACCUGCAGGGCCAGGAGGAGAGCGCCACCAUGUGGUGAAGCGGAUGACGGGGAGCUGUGACAGCACCUUUGAUAACUACUGCCUGAACCACGGCCAGUGCAUGCUGCUGCUGGACCUCAAUGAGCACCACUGCAAGUGUGUGGGGGGGUACCACGGCCCCAGGUGUGGCACCAUGGACUUCGUGGUCCAGCCGCUCGCAGAAGAGCAAGUGAUCGUCAUCGUUUUCUGCGUGAGCCUGCUGAUUAUAGGUCUGGCUGGAGCUCUGUACUUCUGCUGCAAAUGGUGAGAACUCCUGAUGUGACAUGUGUCAGCGCUGCUGCUGCUGCUGGAGGAGGAGAUGAUGGUGAUGAUGAUAAUAAUGAUAAUAAUGAUGAUCAGAGUGUGUAUCUGAGGAAUGUGUGUGCUCAGGGGAAACCCGGCUGCAUGCAAACCUCCAAACCAACAAGAAACCACAUUUUAGUAAAUCUGCUGUUUCUUCAGAAUUCCCCUUUAAAGUUGCACUAAAAAAAACAUCUUGGUGAAAAUACUGUGAACAG